AUGGCCCUGCGCAAGGAGCUGCUUAAGUCCAUCUGGUACGCUUUCACCGCACUGGACGUGGAGAAGAGCGGCAAGGUCUCCAAGUCCCAGCUCAAGGUGCUGUCCCACAACCUGUACACGGUCCUGCACAUCCCCCAUGACCCUGUGGCUCUGGAGGAGCACUUCCGGGACGAUGACGAUGGCCCCGUGUCCAGCCAAGGAUACAUGCCUUACCUCAACAAGUACAUCCUGGACAAGGUGGAGGAGGGGGCUUUCGUUAAGGAGCACUUUGAUGAGCUGUGUUGGACCCUGACGGCCAAGAAGAACUAUCGGGUGGACAGCAACGGGAACAGCAUGCUCUCCAAUGAGGAUGCCUUCCGCCUCUGGUGCCUCUUCAACUUCCUGUCUGAGGACAAGUACCCUCUGAUCAUGGUUCCUGAUGAGGUGGAAUACCUGCUGAAGAAGGUGCUCAGCAGCAUGAGCUUGGAGGUGGGCUUGGGUGAGCUGGAAGAGCUGCUGGCCCAGGAAGCCCAGGCAGCCCAGACCAGCGGAGGGCUCAGCGUCUGGCAGUUCCUGGAGCUCUUCAACUCGGGGCGCUGCCUUCGAGGUGUGGGGCGGGACACUCUCAGCAUGGCCAUCCAUGAAGUCUAUCAGGAACUCAUCCAAGAUGUCCUGAAGCAGGGCUACCUGUGGAAGCGAGGGCACCUGAGGAGGAACUGGACAGAACGCUGGUUCCAGCUGCAGCCCAGCUGCCUCUGCUAUUUUGGGAGUGAAGAGUGCAAGGAGAAAAGGGGUACCAUCCCGCUGGACGCACAGUGCUGCGUGGAGGUGCUGCCCGACCGAGAGGGGAAGCGCUGCAUGUUCUGUGUGAAGACAGCCUCCCGAACGUACGAGAUGAGCGCCUCAGACACACGCCAGCGCCAGGAAUGGACAGCUGCCAUCCAGACCGCGAUCCGGCUGCAGGCGGAGGGGAAGACGUCGUUGCACAAGGACCUGAAGCAGAAGCGGCGCGAGCAGCGGGAGCAGCGGGAGCGGCGCCGGGCAGCCAAGGAGGAGGAGCUGCUGCGGCUGCAGCAGCUGCAGGAGGAGAAGGAACGGAAGCUGCAGGAGCUGGAGUUGCUACAGGAGGCGCAGCGGCAAGCCGAGCGCCUGUUGCAGGAGGAGGAGGAGCGACGCCGCAGCCAGCACCGCGAGCUGCAGCAGACCCUCGAGGGCCAAUUGCGCGAGGCGGAGCAGGCCCGGGCCUCCAUGCAAGCUGAGAUGGAACUGAAGAAGGAGGAGGCUGCCCGGCAGCGGCAGCGCAUCCAAGAGCUGGAGGAGAUGCAGCAGAGGCUUCAGGAGGCCCUGCAACUGGAGGUGAAAGCGCGGCGGGAUGAGGAGGCUGUGCGCCUAGCCCAGACCAGACUGCUGGAGGAGGAGGAGGAGAAGCUGAAGCAGCUGCUGCAGCUGAAAGAGGAGCAGGAGCGCUACAUCGAGCGGGCGCAGCAGGAGAAGCAAGAGCUGCAGCAGGAGAUGGCGCUGCAGAGCCGCUCCCUGCAGCGAGCCCAGCAGCAGCUGGAGGAGGUGCGGCAGAACCGGCAGAGGGCCGACGAGGACGUGGAGGCUGCCCAGAAGAAGCUGCGCCAGGCCAGCACCAAUGUGAAACACUGGAAUGUUCAGAUGAACCGACUCAUGCAUCCAAUUGAGCCCGGAGACAAGCGUCCCACCACCAGCAGCUCCUUCACAGGCUUCCAGCCCCUUCCACUUGCCCGCCGUGACUCCUCCUUAAAGCGCCUGACCCGCUGGGGAUCCCAGGGCAACAGGACCCCCUCACCCAGCAGCAGUGAGCAGCUGAAGUCCCUCAACGGUGGGGAUGAGGCUCCCAUCUCGGCUUCCACCCCCCAGGAAGAUAAACUGGACCCAUCGCCAGAAAAUUAGCCUCUGCUAUCCCCUUCCCCACCCCCCAACCUCAUACCCACCAGAACCUGGCCACAGCUGGCCUGUGGGUGAUGUCAACCCCUGCAGAAGAGGGAGCUGAGGACCUGGUGCCAGGAGCCCAGGCCUUCUAACCAUGAAACAGUCUAGAACGGAGCCUUGUUUAUUUUGGGCACCAGCCCCAGACCCCUGACCACUGAGGCUGUCUGGGAUGUUGAUCCUUGAGAACUUGAUCCUG